AUGGUGCGGUUCACACAUUGCACCACAUUUAUUUUAAUUUGGAUUAAUAUUUUAUUCGUGAACGCUGUUAGAAAAGAUAUCUGUGAAAAAUGUGUGAAAAUCGAAAACUGUCCGAUGUUUGCUCACAUGAAUAAACAUCAAAAACAGAUGUGGCUUGAACAAGUCCCUUGUGACGUCUCACAAAACGGUGGAGGAUCAUCGAUUUACGGAUUUUCUUCUAUUGCUAAAGGAGAUUACGUGUGCUGCCCUAACUCAAAUGUUUGGGGAAUCAAGAAUGGACAUGGUAAAGGUAAUAAUAACAAUCUACCACAAGAAUCAAUUAGACCUAAUGAAAACAAUGGUGCGGGUAAUUUUGAAAAUCCAAAUAGCCAAAACUUAAAUUUAAACCCUCAACCACAAGAGAACUACGGUAAUCAAAUAAAACCAAUUGACCAAAACUAUGGGAAUCAACUGUUGAGACCUGGUAAUCAAAAUAUCUACAACUCGGUUAACCCACAACCAGGAGAUAUCAAUCAAAAUAUUUAUAAUAACCAAGGUGGCAGACCAAAUGCUCAAAUCCCAUAUAGCCAACCACCUACUAAUCAAAUCAACCCUGGUGAUUAUGAUAACCCACAAGGCCAACCAGACGGACAAGACGUAUACGGAAAUCCACAGACCGGCUUAUACAAUCAGGGUAUAUACGAUCAACAAAAUCCAGACUCACGAUAUCCAAACAAUGGAAUAAAUACUGCCGGAAACCCAAAUCAAGGAUUCCAAAACAACCAGUAUCCAACGCCUCAAAAUCCUAACCAAAUGGGGGUAUUACCUGGACAAAUACAAAAUCAAAAUCCUUACUAUCAGGGUCCCAAUGCAUAUCCUCAGCAACAGCAACAAAACCCUUAUCUAAAUAAUGGCGAUGGUAAUUCAUUUAAUGGAGUGAAUGCUGAGCAGCAAUGUGCAGUACAAUCGAGCCUACCGCCAGAUCCUGCGACAGGCUGCUGUGGCAAAGACAUGUCAGAUAGCGAUAGAAUAACGGAUUUACAAAGUAUACUUAAUAUGUACGCCGCACCUCCUGUCCAAAAUAGGCCACGACAGAAAUGGCCUCAACAAAACUAUCCAAACACCUCUUACUAUCCUCAGAGAGGCAAACGCUCCGUUAAAAAUAGUACAGCAGAAGUUGUACUCGACGACAGAAUUGCAGGUGGCAAAGAGACUGAGUUAGAUCAGUUUCCUUGGACAGUGCUUUUAAAAGUGACCUUUGACUAUGGUAAUAAACAAGCAGCGUUCAAUUGUGGUGGUUCUUUGAUCAGUCCAAAAUAUGUUCUUACUGCUGGCCAUUGUGUUUUCGAAACAGGAGCCGAUAUACUUGAUAUUGAAAUCACACUCGCUGAGUAUGAUAAGAGAACGUUUCCGAGAGACUGUAAAUCUGUAAUGGGAGUGGGAAAGAAAUGUAUAGAUAACAUUGUGAUGCACGCAGAAGAUGUAAUACGUCAUCCGAAAUAUGACGACGAUCGCCUCCAUAAUGAUAUAGCACUCAUUCGACUCCACGGUUACGCUCCAUACACGAGAUUCAUCCGAUCAAUAUGCCUGCCACCUAUCGACAUAGAUAACCCUAAUUUUUCCAACCUGCCUCUCGCCGUGGCAGGCUGGGGCCGUAACGGUCCGUACGUCACCGAUAUUAAACAGUCGACUGUAGUCCAUUUAGUACCCCAUGACGAAUGCCAGAAGUCCUAUCCACAUUUGACAAGGUCACAUCUUUGUGCUGCGGGGCGUACAGGUGAAGACACUUGUAAAGGUGAUUCCGGUGGACCUUUAAUGAUGUUAUAUAGAGGUAGCUAUUAUGUCAUCGGUGUAGUCAGUGGAAAGAGAGCAGACAGCCCUUGUGGAACAUCAGUACCGUCCCUUUACACAAAUGUUUUUCAAUAUGUAGAAUGGAUAAAUAGUAAUAUAAAAAAC